UUGCUGUGGAGCUCAAUCUCUCUGUAAAAGCCAUGUCAGUAGGUCUCUGUUUCACACUCGCUUUAUGUAUUGACCUCUCUUUUGUUUGAGCAACUACAUAGCACUUUGUCCUCACCUAUAUAGAGUUGUGGACCAGUGCUGUGUGAGACCGGUGAUGUGUAUGAAAUGGGCUCCCCCAAAGUGCUGGAGCCCAGCUCUGCCCACAAGGUGGGAGAGAAGAAGAUGAAGGACCAGUUCAAGAAGCUCAUCACUGGCACUGUGGGGAAAGCUCUGGGCCAGCAGUUUAAAAAGGAGGUACAUAUCAGAAAUCUCCCAUCUCUCUUAAAGAAGCCCAAGCUGGAGAAAAGGGACAUUGUGGAGCCCAGUGAGACUGGAUCUCUAGCAGCUCUCUUCUCCCCAACACAGGACAACAUCUAGGAGAACAUAACAGCACAGAGAGGCUCUCAGACUGGACUAACACACACACACACACACACUUUCUACCCUCCCCAGUGGAAUUUUACUCCUGAAGGAUUGGUUCAUCAAGGGUACAACGUCUCUAUCCUAUUGGUCAACAGUAGGAUUAAUGGACUCUACAAACUGUGGACAAAGAGAAUCAGAAUAUUCUGUUAUGGACUGAACCCUGCUUACUGGUCAUACAUAUUUAUCCAAAUAAUGUGUCUGUCUGCCUUGAUCGAGAAAA